AUGUCCCUCACUUGUCUCAAAUAUUCUUUCUUUCUUUCUUUUGAUCGUUCGUUCGUUCGUUCGUUCGAUCGUUCUUUCUUUCUUUCUUUCUUUCUUUCUUUCUUUCUUACUCGUGUCCCACAUCUGUCUCAAAUUUUCUUUCUUUCUUUCUUUCUUUCUUUCUUUCUUUCUUUCUUUCUUUCUUUCUUAUUCAUGUCCCUCACUUGUCUCAAAUAUUCUUUCUUUCUUUCUUUUGAUCGUUCGUUCGUUCGUUCGUUCGUUCGAUCGUUCUUUCUUUCUUUCUUUCUUUCUUUAUUUCUUUCUUUCUUUCUUUCUUACUCGUGUCCCACAUCUGUCUCAAAUUUUCUUUCUUUCUUUCUUUCUUUCUUUCUUUCUUAUUCAUGUCCCUCACUUGUCUCAAAUAUUCUUUCUUUCUUUCUUUUGAUCGUUCGUUCGUUCGUUCGUUCGAUCGUUCUUUCUUUCUUUCUUUCUUUCUUUCUUUUUUUUUUCUUUCUUACUCGUGUCCCACAUCUGUCUCAAAUUUUCUUUCUUUCUUUCUUUCUUUCUUUCUUUCUUUCUUAUUCAUGUCCCUCACCUAUCUCAAAUAUUCUUUCUUUCUUUCUUUCUUUCGUUCGUUCGUUCGUUCUUUUUUCUUUCUUAUUCAUGUCCCUCAUCUGUUUAUAA